CUUCUCUGCCAACGAAGCAAUAUGCAAUUCUCGUCCAGGCCACUUCUCAUUCUCCUCUCUAUCUCUACCCUCCACUGCCUCACUGUCCGUGCUUCCACUUGCCACCCGGAUGAUGAAUCGGGCUUGCUGGGUUUCAAAUCCGGAAUCACGUCCGACCCGUCCAACCUGCUCGCCUCAUGGAAGUCGGGUACCGACUGUUGUGCUUGGACCGGUGUCACUUGCCUGAAUGACGACAAGCGGGUCACUAGUCUCUUCCUUUCCGGUCAACCCGACGUCCCCACUAGCCUUUUGUCUGGCAUUAUUUCGCCUUCGCUCUCAAAGCUCCGAUUCCUUGAUGGCAUCUACCUCCUGGAUCUCAAAAAUAUCUCGGGCAGUUUUCCCGCUUUCGUUUCCCACUUACCCAACCUCCAAUUCAUUUACAUCGAAAACAACAGACUUUCUGGUCGGAUACCCGAAAAUAUUGGCAAUCUUACCCGAUUAAGCGCGCUUAGUUUGUCAGGGAACAGAUUUACAGGACCGAUACCCGUUUCAAUUUCAGCGUUGACACAGCUCACCCAGCUCAAACUUGGUGGAAACCUUCUCCGAGGAUCGGUGCCCAAUGGAAUUCGCAGGCUCCAGAGUCUCACGUUCCUGAGUCUAGAAGGUAACCAACUCACGGGAGCAAUACCUGACUUCUUUUCGUCUUUCCCCGACCUCAGGAUUCUCAGACUUUCCCGGAACAAAUUUUCCGGUCAAAUCCCUCCUUCAAUAUCAUCGCUUGCCCCGAAGCUGAGCUACCUUGAGCUCGGCCACAACUAUCUCACGGGACAAAUCCCGGAUUUUCUCGGGAAGUUCAAGGCACUCGACACUCUCGACCUCUCCUCCAACCGGUUCUGGGGGACCGUGCCGAGAAGUUUCGGGAACCUCACGAAGAUCUUCAAUCUCGACCUGUCCAACAAUUUUCUCGUGGACCCAUUUCCGCAGAUGAAUGUGAAAGGCAUUGAAUCGCUUGAUUUGUCCGAUAACAGAUUUCAUUUGAAGGAAAUACCAAGAUGGGUCACUUCGUCCCCGAUUAUCUUCUCUCUGAAGCUCGCGAAAUGUGGGAUCAAGAUGAAGCUGGAAGAUUGGAAGCCAGUAGAGACUUACUUCUAUGACUAUAUCGACCUUUCUGGUAACGAAAUAACGGGAAGUCCGGUUGGGCUGCUGAACAGGACAGAAUAUUUGGUGGGCUUCCGGGCAUCGGAAAAUAAACUGCGGUUUGAUUUGGGGAAGUUAAAGAUAGUCAAAACAUUGAAGUAUUUGGAUUUGGCGAAGAAUUCGGUGUUUGGAAAGGUUCCUAACGCCGUUGCUGGGCUUGAGAAACUGAAUGUGAGCUACAAUCAUCUCUGCGGUCAAAUUCCAAAAACGAAGUUUCCGGCCAGUGCAUUUACCGGUAACGAUUGUUUGUGUGGUGCUCCCUUGCAACCUUGCAAGAGUUAACAGGAGCCCCUGAAGAGCCCAUAGAAAUAGCGCAACGGUUUUGGCAGACGCCAUAGAUUUCAACCUGCACUAUCUUCACACUUAACGGAGGGACUUUAUUCGAAGAAUAAAUGUGAUGCGGGGGCUCAUCGUUCAAGCAUAAAUCUGAAGGACAUUUAUUUUCAAAAAAUUACGUUAGGAGGGUUUGAACUUUGAACUGAAACUACUUUUAUUUAUAU